AUGGCGCCAUCGGCGGCCCCACCGUCGACGCAGCGACCUAACGCCGGCGGCGGCGGCAGCAGCAGCAGUCGACGCCGUCAGUCAGCAGCGCGGCAGCAGCAGCAGCACCAACACGACGACGACGACGAUCGGAUAGGGCCCUACUUGAUAGGCGAGGAGAUUGGGCGUGGCUCGUUCGCGACCGUGUUCAAGGGCGAGCGCUAUGUGAGUCGUUGUGGCCAUGCUCGACUGCUCGCUGACUCGGGGUUCGUGGAUCGGCGCGUCGGUGUCGUCGUCGUCGUCGUGUGUCGGCUCCGGGGGCGCGCACAUGACUUGACUCGCGAUCGGAACGAGGCGACCGACCGGACGACGGCCAGUUCGGGACCCGCCACGGAUGAUGCCAUCGCCCCCACCCCUGUUGCCCUUCACGGGAAUACACCUGCUGACACUCUAGUGAUGGAUCGAAUUGGGUUCCACCGUCACUUAGGACAAUCGAGCAGAAGUCGCCAUCAAGUCCGUCAUCCGGAGUAAACUCACCAUCAAGCUGCUCGAGAACCUCGAGUCCGAGAUCUCGAUCCUCAAGGAGAUCACCCAUCGCAACGUCGUCGAGCUCAAGGAUUGUCUCGUCAGUACAGCUCGCAACAUCUCACAUCAUAGAAGCGUGGCCUGAAAACUGUUUUAAUUCCUGCCUACAGAAAACCGAGACACACAUCUAUCUCAUCAUGGCCUUUUGCUCCGCCGGCGACCUUUCGGUCUACAUCCGGAAGCGCGGCGAGGUCGUAGCCCUGAGUGCGUCCAAUCAAGGUUUGCUCCCGGCACAGUCCCGCAGUCUCAAGGACUCGGAGCUACGUCGCGUCCUGUACCCUCACCCUAAAGAGGGCGGCCUCAAUGAGACGAUCGUGCGGUGCUUUCUCAGUCAGCUAGGUGAGAAAGGCUUUCGUUUGUUCUGUGCCGGCCUCGCUCCGUCUUGCUGAUUGCAUGGUACACUACAGUCGACGCACUACGAUUCCUACGGUCAAAGAAUGUCAUUCAUCGAGACAUCAAACCUCAGGUGGGUGAUCAGACGAGUUUCCAAUGUGUCUCCGAUUCGUCGGGCUGAGACUCUCGAUCUCCGAUCGCCCCAUAGAAUCUUCUACUCAAACCCGCCGAUGCCGAAGAUCUAGCCAUGGGGCAUCCUCCUGGGAUUCCGGUGCUCAAAGUCGCCGACUUCGGCUUUGCCCGGUGGCUGCCUCAGCAAAGCUUGGCUGAAACGCUGUGCGGAUCCCCGUGAGUCCUUUUCGGUUUCGUCGUUCCGGCCAGCAUGAAGAUGGAAUGCUGAAACAACGCAACGGUGCUUAUCUACGACAGUCUCUACAUGGCGCCCGAGAUCUUGCGAUAUGAAAAGUACGAUGCGAAAGCGGACUUGUGGUCGGUCGGGGCCGUUCUGUACGAAAUGUGUGUUGGCCGACCCCCUUUCCGCGCUCAGAACCACGUCGACUUGCUCCGCAAGAUCGAGCGCGGCGAGGACAAGAUCAAAUUCCCCGAUGAGCAGCGCGUCGAAGAAGGUAGCAACAAGACGCCGACGAAGGUUGCUCCCGAUCUUAAGGCUUUGAUCCGGCGACUACUCAAACGGAACCCACCUGAGCGCAUGAGCUUCGAGGACUUUUUCCGAGAAGCGGCGAUCGUAGGCACGAGCGGAACCGCGAGCAACCUAACGACCUACUCGAUCGAUCCUUCCGCACGGCGAGGCGUGGUCCCUGAGGUUCCGUCAGCAAGUUCGGCCGCCCAGUUCUCGACGGUGGCUCAGAGCGCGGUACCAGUGCCGCCUGCAAUUUCGCCUUCACCGCCUCCGGCACGGAACCCUGUCUACGCCGAUACUGAACCGCCACCCUUUGCUCGACGCCUAAGCUCGGUGACGCCACCCUUACGGCCAAGCACUUCCGGCACCAUGGGUUCGGGACAACACAAGCGGGUGCCCUCGAGCUUUGUGGCAAAGUACGUCGUUGGAGGACCGAGCCAAGCCAAUUCGGGGGCCACGACCGCGGUGGGUGAUGACAACAGCAAGGCAUCAUCAACGACAACGACGACGAGGCUACAGGAUGCCUCGCCCGUCGUUGUACCGUCGGCCAUCCAGCGGUCUUCGGCAAGGAAUGAAGCGAGCUCGACGAAUGCGUCCAUGACCGAUUCAAACGAUUCCAUCGUUGGGCGCGACUUUGUCGUCGUAGACAAGCGCACGGUCGAGAUCAACGCGCUCGCUGACGAACUUGCGACGCAACCGAAGCGGGAAGGCACCGUCGCUCGCCGACCAUCUCGUGGAUUUUUGUCUCGGCCACUCAGCUCUCUUGGCAACAACAUCUCGCCAUCCCCUCCUUCCCCCGUCACUCCUUAUCCUCCAACUGCUCCGCCAUCGACCGAUCCAAUUGCGACAGCGCAUCCCAACGCGGCGACCCCCUUCGCCGUUCCGCAGCAACGUCCUGGCCCCACUCCCCAUCCUUAUUCCUUGUCGUCGUCACCCCGACCCCUCUCCUUCCUCUCGAGCUCGCCGCGUUCGCUGAGCCACCCCAUUGAGCGCUUCCCCGGAUCGCCCCUCGCCCUCGUCGGAAGCCCCACGGCUGCCAUCGCCAAGGCCCUCAACAUGGCCAGUUUAAAGCUCUUCGGAUCGCCGACCGAUGGCAUCCUAGUACGACGAAGCUCGGCUCGGAAGCCUCUGCACCGCACAGCGCAGAUAAGCGACCCCGAGGAGGAGCGUAUCUUGGGAGUCCUUGAGGAUAUCGCACAAAAGGCGCUUGUGCUCUUCGACUUUGCCGACAGCAAGAUCUUGCAGCUCCUUCCACCGACGCCUCAGACGUCGUCCUCGACCUCACUCGGUACCCCGAGUUAUUUCAGCCAUGUCGCAGCUCGAGAGCAACAAACUGCGGCGUCCAACUCGGCCAUGAACCCAUUCUCCGCGGUUCCGACUCCGACCUCACUUCCGAUGCGACGCACCUCGUCUUCGUCUUCGUCGGAGCCACGACCGUUGGGUUUGGCGUCGUCGGCAAAGGCCGACGUGGUAGCAGCCGAAGCUUUGAUGCUUUAUCUCAAGUCGUUGGCUUUCCUUCACAAAGGGAUCGAGCGCGCUCGGCUGUACUGGACGGUCCGAUCUCCUGACCAAGCGCCAAGCAGUGACUUCAAUGAUGGUGAGCUCGAUGCAGAUUCUCGUUUCUGCCCGAAUUAUCGGUGCUUACUUCGUAUCCCAACCGUACUCUCCACAGCCGUGCAAUGGUUCCGCCAGCGCUUCAACGAGUGCUUCGACAAGGCGGACUUUGCAAAGUCGCGUUGUCAAGAUGAGAUCCCCGAGUCGGCGACUUACGCCGAGAAGCUCGUCUACGAUCGUGCGCUCGAGAUCUCUCGUGCGGCUGCGGUGCACGAACUUAAAGGCGAGAGCCCGACCGACUGUGAGACGGCGUACGAAACUGCUCUAUGGAUGCUUUACGCGAUCCUUGACGAGACCAUGUCGGGGAGCGCUCAAAGUGCGGUCGAGGACGAGGACCGCGCCGUUGUCAACAAGUUCGUGGCGAGCAUCACGGCUCGGCUCCAAGCCUUGCGUCGCAAGAUCGGCUGA